UGAGAUUUUAAGAUGACCCACAUAGCUGCCGUUGGACCGGCCUCUUGGGAGCUCUGUGUUACAGUUGAUCACCAAAAUGAGAAAGAAAACGAAGGGUUGAAGAUUCGAGUGUCAGGAGACCUUCACAUUGGUGGAGUGAUGUUUAAACUUGUCGAAAAAAUUGGUGUAGCCAGGGACUGGUCAGACUAUGCCCUGUGGUGGGAGCAAAAGAACUGCUGGUUACUGAAAACGCACUGGACACUGGACAAAUAUGGCGUACAGGCUGACGCAAAAUUAUUUUUCACACCUCAACACAAGUUGCUGCGCCUGCGAUUGCCAAACAUGAAAACUGUGCGGUUGAAAGUUAGCUUUUCCGCUCUUGUCUUCAAAGCUGUAACAGAGAUCUGCAAAAUGCUGAAUAUAAGACGACCUGAAGAACUCUCAUUGCUGAGACCUUUGGAAGAUUCUGUGAAAAAGAAAAAGAAGAAGGACAACAAGGAAACUUUGCUGGAAGAAGUUAUAAACUUGGACAAUUCUCAUAACAACUCUGGAUCACUAGCAAGCCCUGGGCUGUAUAGCAAAACAAUGACUCCUAUGUAUGAUCCAGUCAAUGGGACUCCAGCUUCGGCCACAGUAACAUGGUUUACGGAUAGUCCACUUGCAGAGGAGAACUGCAACAUGUUAGCAGUCAGCCAGCCAAACUGCUCUCCAGAUAUACUUUGUCAAAUGUACCAGCCCCGGACACUGGUAGAUAAAGCAAGACUGAAUUCAGGGUGGCUAGACUCCUCUAGAUCUCUCAUGGAACAAAAUAUCCAGGAGGACGAUCUGCUUUUCCUGAGAUUUAAAUAUUUUUCCUUCUUUGACCUCAACCCAAAGUAUGAUGCUGUGCGUAUAAACCAGUUGUUUGAGCAAGCCCGAUGGGCUAUUUUACUAGGGGAAAUUGAUUGUACAGAAGAAGAAAUGCUAAUGUUUGCAGCCUUGCAGUAUCACAUUAGCAAGUUAUCAUUGUCCGCUGAAGCCUUUGAGUUAACAGCAGAUGGAGAGACAGAUGAAAUAGACGCUGCUCUAUCUAACUUGGAGGUUGCUUUGGAAGGAGGGAAAUUAGACAAGAUAUUGGAGGAUAUUACAGACAUUCCCAAACUUGCAGAUAAUCUGAAACUUUUCAGGCCGAAAAAGCUAACAUUAAAAGCGUACAAGCAGUAUUGGUUUGUGUUUAAAGAUAUAUCCAUAUCUUAUUUCAAAAGUAAAGAAGCAGGACAUGGAGAACCCAUUGAGAAGUUAAAUCUUCGAGGAUGUGAAAUAGUACCUGAUGUUAACGUGUCACAGAGAAGGUUCGGGAUUAAAUUAUUAAUACCUUUUGCAGAAGGAAUGAAUGAAUUACACUUGCGUUGUGAAAACGAAACGCAAUAUGCCAAAUGGAUGGCUGCCUGCAUCCUGGCAUCCAAGGGAAAAACAAUGGCAGAUAGCUCGUAUCGACCCGAAGUACAAAGCAUCCUUUCAUUCCUGAAAAUGAAAAACAGAAAUAAUACGUCUCAAGUACCCACUGACAUGGAAACGGUGGAUAUGAAACCAGAGUGCUUUGUUUCACCAAAGUAUUCAAAGAAAUACAAAUCCAAACAGUUGGCAUCUCGCAUUCUGGAAGUACAGCAGAACAUUGCACAAAUACCACUCAUUGAAGCCAAACUGAGAUUUAUUCAAGCAUGGCAAUCUCUGCCAGAAUUUGGACUGGCCUAUUAUCUCGUAAGGUUUGUCGGGAGCAAGAAAGAUGAUCUUCUUGGUGUGUCCUACAACAGACUUAUAAGAAUUGACAUUGCAACCGGGGACCUAAUUACAACCUGGAGAUACUCAAAUAUGAAGCAGUGGAACGUACACUGGGAAAUGCAGCAGGUUACCGUUGACUUUGAUCCAAAAAUAACCGUUGUCUUUAAAUGCCUGAGUGCAAACUGCAAAGUGGUCCACGAAUAUAUAGGGGGUUAUAUUUUCCUCUCCACUCGCUCCAAAGACCAGAACGAAACUUUGGAUGAAGAUCUUUUCCAUAAACUUACUGGAGGCCAAGAAUGAGCCAAGUAAUAAGCUCAAACUCUGCUUAAUAAUUAUAUUGGCCAAAACAACAGACAAUUAAGAGCACCCAGUCAUUACUGUGGAAUUCAAGAUAUAGAGUCUGUCAAUGAACUAUUCACAUGUAACAUUGUAUACUAUUAUUCUUUGUAAGUAAAACUCAGGUCAAGUUGGGACUGUUUCAAAUACUGUUUGUUGGUCCUUCUAACUCUCAGAGGUAUCUUCAAGUUCUGAUGUCUUUCCAUCACUUCUCUAAAGCAUUCCAAGAUGUUUACUGAAUUGCUAAUGUUCCCUUCAGCUGCCAAUCAGGGCCUAAUUCUAUUUGUACAGUUAUAUAAGGUAGUAACAGUGGCUACUGUUACCUGAUCUCACAGGUAGUUGCCACGCACGAGUUGGUAGACAACUUUCACCCAACACUGGAUGUUUUUUGCAGUAGGUCACAUAUACACAAAAUUGUGACAGGUAGAAAGCAGCAAAUGUUAUGUAAAAUAUUCUGUGCGUAUUCUACAGAAUUUAAAAUAGUUUUUUGUCUGUGUGAUACGAAACGUACCCAUUUACACACAUAAAUGCUGAUAACAUCCCUAAAAACCAACACACUGUCAGGUUCGUUUUUGCCAUUGCUGGGUUUGGUUUAUUUUCUAAACUGAUAAAGCCAUAUUUACAGCAAAUCCUUUCUGAUUUUUAUGCUAUUUUUACAGUUUGCAUUGGUGCUAGUGGGGUUUUGAAAGCAUUGGUUAAAGUAUGUUUUGGUAUUCGUCCGAAUAAAAUUCACAGCAAUCAUCUAAUGAACUGAUUCAAAAAAAUUGGUUUGUUCUUUAAACAUUUCUGAAUAAACUGAAUGCUAUGAAUUAUCUAAUCCUAGAAUUGCCAUGAAGUUUAUUUGGAAAUUUACUUAUAACAAAUUUCAAUACAUGUCUACUCCAUACGUGUUAUCAUGUACAUAACAGUCAUUUGCCUAGGUGAACCUAAACACAAUAAAUGUUCCCUAUCAACCACUAACCCCAUAUCACAAAAUUAAGUACUAAAUAUGUGGAGUUCACUGCACUGUAUAUUUAAAAAUGUUUUAUUA